AUGUUUCUGAAAUACUACAUACCACUGGUCAUAUUUCUCGGGCAUGGACUUUGUGAGAGCGAGAAAAAUAUUUCACGGCUAUUGAAUGGCACUGUCACUGGUAACCAGACCCUUGCGCGUGUAGAUGGUCCAUACUUGGUCACCAGUGACCUUGUUGUCCCAAAAAAUGCUUCUCUUACCAUAGAACCUGGUGCAAUUGUAAAUUUUGUUCCAUCUGUGGGGAUACUUGUUCGUGGAUCGUUUCAUGCAAAAGGAACACCGUCGCAGAGAAUUACAUUCCGAGCGGUUCCCUGUGCAGAAACAAGUUUUUGCAAUACAACAGACGGGGCUUUAUUCUACAGUCACGGGAUAAGACUUGUAGAUGGAUCAUCCUACAACAACGGGCGCCUUCAGUUGCAGUAUCAUGGAAGGUGGGGGACUGUCUCCAACGACUGGGGAUCUUGGGAUCUCACAGAUACGCACGUGGCCUGCAGACAUCUUGGAUUCCUUGGGGGAAAGCAGUAUUACUAUGAUCCCGGCAGCGGCCCCGUGAUGAUGAAGACAGUUGGCUGUAAAGGAACUGAAAAGAGUCUAUGGGAUUGUUCUUACAGAUGGAUUAUGAGUCAUCCGCAUUCGUGGUGUAAGUUCAUUUUAGUCCUAAGCAAUGCUUUUAUUGUUUGCCACAUGUUUCUCUACAUGGAAAUAUUCUCUUUCUGGCCGCAAAGCAAGUGUUUACCGACAGAUCUAUUUAAUUUUUCCAUGUAACCAAAGUAAAUUAGUAUCUUUCUCUGUUUAGUAACUUUAUUACUGAUCUAUUGUAUGGGGUGGGUACGCAGAAGAGGGGACAGAAAUAUGCCCUCGCAUUUGGUCGGGUAAUCACUAUUUAAUUCAUGUGCUAAGACAAGGUUUCGCUUGUGUUUGAAGGCAAGAUGGCCGUUACGAGCUCCAAAAAAUUUUUUAACGAAAAAUCCUGUCUCACCAGUAAUAAAGUACAGGUGAUAAAUGCGCGGCCUCUCAACGUCUUAGUCACCGUUUCUGUGGAAGCUGGUACCAGAGACAACCUCUCCUCCGAGAAAACGUCCGUGAUGUCUACCUUAACCCCUCAUACCUUAACAUCAGCAUUUACAUUCUCCAUACUGUUCUCUGUACAUUAACUAAGGUGCUGACAUGGAGAAUUUGUCUAACAAUCAAGAGUUUCGUUAGUUGGUGAUCAUUUCCUUUAUUCUCAUUACAUUAAUGUGAAAUUUAGGGGUGAUAUUGUAAGGAGAAUGAAUGAUCCCAAGUUCAGACUUCGUUAAGCAUUUGUAUGCCUAGUGUACGCUCUUUUCAGCUUUCUUUCGAUUUUCCUUGACAUCAGGCUGAGUUAAAUUUGAAUUUUGUGACAUGAAAUUUUUGUUUUGAAACCAAUGCUAUGAAGCUGAAAACUUCGUGUGGCUAUCGGGUAGCGGACGUUAAGUCUCAAUAUAAAAGGAAAUCGUCCUAAAUGGCCAACUCACCUGCCCGACUUGAAACCCUAAUACAAUGUUAUUAAUGUUUAGAGAAACAGCGCAUAGAUCAAGGGGAGGAAGAGGUUGUGUUCAGGUGCCUAGAAAGCAUAUCAGCGAGGACUUUCGUAAAAGCGUCAAGGUACAAAAUUAGCUACUUUUAAGCCAUUAAUCACAUUUCUAUUUUUAUUCCUUCUUUUUUCCAUUACAACGACACGACAAAUAUUUCAGCUCACAACCGGGACGUUGGCAUUGAAUGUGACACUCUAUUGCCAUAUUUGGCUGAGAACUUUUAUUGGAAAGGUUUUUACUUCGAGCCUACGAACUCCUCUGAGAAAAAAGAAAGCUCUUCGCUGGAGUACGUGGACAUUGAGAAUGCUCUUGAGGGCAUAAAUGCCGUGGAAAACGCUCCAGAUUUAUUACAUGUUACGAUCCACGAUAGCGCCUCCGGCUUAAAUGUAAAAGAACUUGCCAAACCCUUGGCCGUGGUCGAUUCUUCAAUCCUUGGGCCUCUUCUGGCUGGUGUGAACAUCGAGAACUCCUGUGGUAAUGUUGUCAUUGAAAAUGUCACAGUUCAGAAUGCACGAUUUGAAGGAGGCCUUAUCUAUACGCGCCUGGCAAUGAAUUUCUGUUCUGUCAUUCCAGAGAAAGCUUCUUUUCCUUUGCUCCUAAAUGCCGCUGGAAAUCAUCACCCGGUUAAUUGUAGCAAGGUAGGAUCGAGUAUUUUAUUUGAAAUGUGCGAGUGAGUUUGGUGAAAAGAAGAGCGGAGUACACUAUGAACUCAAGACCACUCUAAUGUGAACUGUAGAAUAUCUUUACAUAUCCAUCACCUUCUCGAAAACAGGGAUUUUCUCUUCUUUGUUUUUUUAGUGGAUUUCUGGUUCGAGUUUCCUGAGCGGUAGUUAAAAUGUACAGCUUUAUGUCAAAUUUUGGCACAUAUUUCAUUCACGAUUUUAGAAGGUAGAACGAAAAGCUUCCAAUGGUGAGGGAUUUAAUUUUUCUAUCAAACCGGGUGAAUCAUUUGAGGAAAACACUAGGGUCUCCACGAACUGGGAGUUCUGCAUCCUUGACUAUCAAUUAGAAUUGAUUAAAAAGUCCAAAUCUUUUGACGAUUAUCGAAAUGUGAAUUGGACAGAACUCUUCUUCCCUAUCGUAUGGAGUGAUGUUUUUUUUCGAAGGGGAGGAUUUUCUUGUACAACGGGGAAGAUCACAAUGCAAAAAGACAACCCCUGAUCAAGAGGAGUUUCAUUCUUUCCCAUAUGCAGACACCAGCUUUCAAUCAUCUAUAAUUUAUAACCAACGAUUUAAAAAAUAGGUUUUCCCUGAAGGCUAGAAGAAGAAAACAGUUACAUCAAUGCCUCUUCUUCCGAUUUCAUCUGUCAAGCGAAGUCAGUUCGCACCUCUUCGAUGUUCUUUUAAGAAUAUUUUUCCUCAAAAGGAAAAGCAUUCGUAAAAGACAUUUAAAUAGUCAAAAUGUUGAGCCAGGUUUCAUGAAAGGGAGUUAACCGAUCGAGAACCUCUAUACUACAAGCCGUAACUUGUAACCUAGAGAAAUUCUUAUCUGUAUGUUGCUUACCUUCUAAAAAAACUCUUCCAAUGUAAGAAUUUAAAAAAAAAUUUGCUUUAUUAAGAUUUUCAGAGCUUCACCAGGAAGAAAGAUCUCUGUGUAUUUGAGAAUAAUUCAUGGAAGUGGAUUUGAGCUCAAUUUUACCGAUGCAAGCACAGCUAUCAAAACCCAACUGCACAGAAUUACAAGGGACUACAAUGGAAGGACAUUUAAGACUGGUUCUACUUCUAUAUUGGAACUUUCCUUCUACUCUAAAGGCAGUUCUAACUUGGAAAUGGUCGUUAUGGAAGAUCAAGGUAGCUCUGUUUCUAGUUAUGUCUUAAAAUAAGACGAACUGGUCCAUCUGCUGUUCCCUUGAGCAGUCAAUCACUCAUUCAAAAAGGUAGUUCUUCAACCUCUCCAUCAGUAACUUCGUCAAUUUUUCCUUUGGACAACUAGACCGUCAGUCAGUCAGUCGAUCGGUCGGUCGGUCGGUCAGUUCUUAGGAUGGUCUGUCGAUGUUUGGUUAAGAAGAAAUCACACAGCCCAAGGAACCAAGUCUUUGGUCUUUUUUGUGAAUGCCUGCCACCUAGUAACCUCGCUUUAGUUGACACUGCAACGAGGCUACUAGUAAACAAUAUACACUUAAGCUAUGGUCCCGAGGGAGAAAGUUAUUUUCUUUCUCCGAGAGUCCUGAUGUUCCCCGAGACAAAGUGGAGGGAAAACAAAACUAACUAGUUUCCCGAGCGACCAUACAUUAAGUGCCCUGUUAUAUACUCAGAAUUUUCCUUAAAAAAAUCAUAUGGCAAAAACAUGCUGUUGUAUUCGGCGCGCGGGCAACAAAUUUGCAAUUGUAUCCAUACAUUUGAAUUUUAUCAGGGGAAAGUGACUAAGAAUCGACCUAACACAGUGCUCAUUUUGUAGAGUGAAAGUACUAAGUAUGCAACAAUGCCUAUUGUUACGGUCGGUCGCUCAUUCGGUUGUUUGCUUGUUCUUUCGGUGGAUGGUUCUUUCCAUCAGUCAGUGGGUCGCUUACAGUCAGUUAGUCAAUAGGUAAGCUGGUAACUCAAUAAAACAUUGAACAAAAGAAAUAAUUUUAUUAUUCAAUACGAAGACGAAACGACCGCCCACAAGUCUAUAAAUUUGUUUGGAUGACGUUUACUCUUUGUAACAUUAACCUAUUGGCUUUUGAUCAUUUGUAGGCGAGACUUCAUCACUACUGAUAUCUAACAGUACCUUUUCUACCAAUGCUAAGUCUGGUAUUACCGUUGACAACUUGAUUGGUAAUUCUCGAAUCUCCCUAACAACGGUGAUAGGGAACAACUACAAUGGACUCUAUGUCAGCAACACACAUGGAAAAAUCUCUGUUGUAGAAUCUAUGUUUCUGCAGAACAAAUAUAGCGGUGUUUACAUCACCAAGAUAACUGGCAUUUUAGAAUUUACCAACGUCAAAUCCUCGAAAAACCAAGCGUCAGGAAUCGUAGUCGAUGCUGGAACUCUUUCAUUCCAAAUGUCUGACAGCCUAGUUGAAGAAAAUGGCGGUCAAGGAUUGCACAUCUUAAACCAGGUCAACUCCACAAUCAACAUUAACAACACGCAGUUUAUUCGUAACAGUAACGGUGAAGGAGUUUAUUUACAAACAUUUCGCUACUGCUAUGUUCGACUAGUGGAAGUACUGUCUCUUGGAAAUUCGCAGAAUGGGGCUCUGUUUACAAGAUUAUCCGAUACCAGAUUAAAUUUCAGCUCUUGUAAAUUUGAUGGAAACUCAAAUCAAGGAGUUUACGCUGACUACUUUUUUAGAGGAGGACUUAAAUUGGAGAGGAUUUCUACCUCAAACAAUUAUAAAUCCGGUUAUGCCUUCGAAUUUGGGGAUACCAACAUAAACAUAGAGUCUUCGUCUUCUUUUGGGAACGGAAGGGAUGGUUUUUACGUGGAAAAUCAAGGAGGAGAAGUUGUCUUAAAGGAUUUUAUUGCUGGUGGCAACAAACGACAUGGAUUGUGGUUUCUAGAUACCAAGUCAGUACGUCUUCGUUCAGUUCAUCUUCUAAACUGUAAUGUUUCAGGGAACAGUCAAUACGGUGUGCUGUUUUACCUCACGUAUAGAAUUGAUCAACGCCCGGAGAACUAUGUCAUUAAGGUUGCAAACUCCACAAUUUUCGACAAUUCUCUUGGUGGUUGUACGCUCUAUCCUGCAGAUUGCGGUUGGGGAAACAAUCGGUGGCAAAGGAGCGUUCAACUUUUAUUCACUGGUAAUAAAGUAAAGGGAAACAAAAAAAAUGGUUUGGAUAUCCUUGGCCCAGAAUGGUACGUGUUAUCUGCUGUCUUGGCUAAUAACAUAUAUUACGAGAACAGUGGACUUGCUCUGAUAGUACGACAUGGGCGAAGAUGUUCCUAUGAGAAUUCCUUACCCUUUAAUUUGCAGGUUUCAUCGAACAUCUUUUCAAAGAAUAAAGGGGAGAACAUAUUUUUCGUUGAUUGCGAAACGUUACCCACAAAAUGCCGUGUCACCAUCAGGAACAACACGUUUUUAGACAAUCAAAGAAUCCGGCUGUUUUCCAGCAAUUACCUUCGUACCAAAACGCAGGCAGUUUUAGCUGUAAAAGGAGGCAACGUUACCAUAAAGUACAAUUCGUUUGUCAAUCCUUUGUUCUCUCACGAAUUAGCAGCACUGCUUAAAGAUCGUGAACACGUUCUUCUGGCGGAAGAAAACUGGUGGGGAACAAGAAAUGAAUGCAAUAUAAAAGACCGAGUGUUUGACUUUGAAGAUCGAGUGGAACUUGCACAGAUCCAUUAUUAUCCAUUUUUGGAUUCCUACAAUUCUACCGGCCUUAAAUUACACGACGGUGUCAGACCUUUCUGUUUUCUUCGAGGUAACAAUCUAGGAGGAACAUUAAAUCAAGUCCUCAAUAUUACAAACCAAAAUGAUGCCUACCGAGUUAUCAGUGACGUCACAAUAUUGCCUGACGGCGUUUUGUUUAUCGAAGGAAACAUCACUUUAGAAUUUCCAUUGAAGAGUGUUUUCUUAGUACAAGGAAAGGUUAUCAUAAAAGGUAAUAAAAAAGAACAGGUGAAGUUCCUUCCAAGGGAACCAUUGCUUCAGGACGUUAGACUUGUCGCAGGUCCUACUCCGUGGGAAGGGGUAGUUGAAAUAUGGAUCAAUAGCACGUGGAUACCAGUAUGUAUGCGUACCUGUGGAAACGAGGAUGACAUAGUAUGCAGACAAUUGGGAUACGAACCGGUGAGCUCUUAUUACCAUGACCCAAAUGGAAAAGAGAAAAUAUUCCUACAUAAUGUCAGAUGCGAUACCGAUCAAGGAGACAGCAUCACCAUUUGUAACAAAAGGAACUGGAUUUCAUCAUCGUCAUGCACAACAAAUGUUUUGUAUGUCGGUUGUAAAAUUCCUUACUGGGCUGGCGUUCAUCUUGCUGUGACUUCAAAGGAAAGCGUCUUCAGCAAUGUUGAGGUGCGAUAUGCAGGAUUUCCAUAUAGAGACGACCUGACUAUUCCCGGAAUCGCCUUCAGAGUGGACCUCCCACGUCACGUGAUCAGCGGUGUCUUUGUGAGUAAUUCUGCUGCCAUUGGUUUCCAGUUUAUGUAUCCAGACCCCUUAAAAGAUUCAAAUGAAAUCGAGAAUUCAACAAUAGCUGAAACCGAGUCGGAUGGAGUACGUUUGGAGUCUCCAUUUAUUGAGUUCCUAAGUACAAAUGUCGUAAACACAAAAGGCUACGGAUUUUCGUAUCGUUACAACUGGGAUACUCUCAACACACACGUGGUAAAAAUGGCAGAUGCGUCUGUGAAGAAGUUUAUGGACAUAUGUACUGAAAGCGAAACAUUUAUUAGUGACUCUAGUGCGGUUUAUUAUCUAGUUGUGACAUUACGGAGCAGAGCAGCCUGCAAGGCCAUAAUUACCGUUCCACCGGAAUAUACGAUAGGAUUGCAGCUAAUAUAUCACAAUGUAUAUAGCAUAGUUUUCCACGUGUACAAUGGAACAAACAAGACAAAGGGCACUCUCUGGGAUAUCCAUAUGUUAAAUUGGUACAGCCGUCCUGCUUGGAUGACUGGCAAUAGCUCAAUCCUACUGGAGAAAGGGUAUGGAUACCCGGAUGAAGACGACACGGUGCAUUUUCUACUGUUUCUCAUCAAAAGUAAGUUCAGCUACUAUUUUAAUCAUAUCGAGUUAAGCAAUGAUCUACGUGGGUAGACUGCAAUUUUUGCAAUUGCAAAAGUAAGCUUCAGGCUUCCACAGGCUUUGAACCCGUCCCUCAAAAUAAUAUUUGGGCGCUGUUUGAAAAAGAUCUCCAAAGCCACACAGCCUGGGAGUAAGGCAAAUUCUAGAGCUCUUCUUCCUCGUGGAAGAAUUUUGACCACAAUUUUUAGUGUAAUCAAAACUAUUACAAAAUUCUCUAACGUGAUGAGUUGUCACUAGCCCGAUUCUAGCACUUAUAGGACAGUGUACGCGUCAUGCUUGUAAUUGGACACUGUGAUCUGUGUAAGUGGACAGAUCGCGUCGUGAACGCCCGCUGUUUUCUCGCAUUUCACCGAGUUAACUUUAGUGUUUUUUUUUUAUGAAAGGUAUCACCGAUGUCUAGUUUCUUGCUCAAAUUUUGUCGUAAUUUUAGUUGAUUGGUAACAGGACUUCGUGUCGUCCGAUUUUGUCUGUAAUCAUACUCGUGAUUAACAAAUCCUAUUACCUCUAUAAACAGAAGUUUAAGGAAAUAAACUGUUUCAUUAGGAGAUUGAUCAUAUCGGUGGUGACAUUUCAAGAAAGAUUUACUUGAUUAAUGGAUCCUUUGGUGAUUUUCAUGAUGUCAACAAAAGAACACGAGUCAUCACUGAGGAUAAUAAUUUACCACUUUGCUGUUUUAAAAAUAUGUUUCUUAAAUUUAAUCGUGAUCUGAAUGAUUGAGUUUCGUUGUGUAUUAAUAUAUUUUGUGAGGUGGUCAAAUGCGCCCUUUACUCUUAAUGAGUUGGGCAGAGUUGCACUGCAAGGAUCGGAAUCCUUUUCUUGUGAUCAAAGGGCAUAAAGUUAAUUUAAUAAUUACUAUCCUCAUCAAAACAAUGAAAAUUUUGACUAUCGAUUAAAAAGUCAGUUACGGAUCGCAAUCGAUGGAGAUUUUCCUGAAUUCGUCUUUUUCGCAAACAUGCUUUAUGUCAGAAAAAAGUUGUGUAAGGCUCUGAUUUGUGUUCAUAAACAAUUAUUUUUGUUUUCAACCAACAGGUGGUGGAAAGACGAAGAUCAGAUCACCAAACCUUGUAAUAUCCAAAAGCAAUUUCAGCCACAACAGUGAAGGUGGAAUUUUCUUGGGUGGAGAUAACGCAGGAAUAGUUGAAAUCCAAAAAACGGACGUACGAGACUCACCCAAGAAUGGCUUAUCGACAGCAUUUUCCCACGUUAACAGCUUGAAGCUGCUGAAUUGCCAGUUCGUUAGAAACAAGAUUGGAAUCAAGCUCUCUUCAUUUUCAGGUAACGUGAAUAUCGAGAACACCAAGGCUUCUAACUCGACCGAAAAUGGACUAUAUGUGGACACGAACGGUGAAAAAACAAUCCAUAUUGAAAAUGGUGGUGUUUUCCAUAGCAAUGGACAUGGGCUUUUUCUGGCUGGUAGUUAUACCAAAGUGAAACUUUCUGCAACCAGGAUAUUUUUUGGAUGGAAUAAGGCAUCUUCUGUUUAUUCCCGAAGUAGUUAUGGUUGCAGUUCGCCUUGUUCAUCCUAUACCUCCUUUACAAACUGUACAUUUUAUGCCAAUCGAGGCCCUGUAAUAGACAUCAACGUGUCUCCACAUUCUAAUCCAUGGCAAUUUGACGGUAACCUUUUCCUGAAUAACACUCAAGGUCCUGUCAUUUUGACUACGCAUUAUACGAAUGGAUACUUCACUCCUGAAUUAUUUGUGAGAAAUAAUAGUUUCUUGUUCAACUUUUGCCAAGAUAAAAGCGUCAUAGACAUAAUAGGAGGCACAAAAGUUCUGAUCAUAGAAGGAAACAUCUUUAAACAAAACCAUGGGAGAUCUGUUUAUAUAGAAAGAACCUCUCCUUCAGGUGCAACUAUAAGAGGUAACGUCUUCACAAACAACAGCUGCCUGAAUAGUGGAGUCAUUGAGAUUCAGAGGAUAAGUGAAGACAUCGCAAUUGUCGACAACAUCCUUAAAUCGAAUAAAGGGCAGUUUAUGGUUCUUCUCCAGUGCGAAUACGUUGUAGGAGGGAACACUGUUAUGAAGAAUGUAACGUUUUUGAACAAUUCGCUCCUAAACAACGUGGCUGUAUCAUCAAGUUCCCCAACCUGUGAGUUACAAGUCUCUGGAUUUACUUUGGAAUGGAAUGGAAUGGAAUGGAGAGCAUUUUUCAUUAAUUUCAACAGAUUUAGCAGCCUGGACUUCUCAAAAGAACUUUGUGCAUACACCUAUGUUUCUUCGCAUAGCAGCACAUUGCAGGCUACAUUAAACUUCUGGGGUUAUGAUGACGAGGAAAAAAUCAAGGAGAGAAUUUUUCAUGCUGAAGACGAGUACGAACACGCAUUUGCUGUUUUUCGUCCUUACAUCAGUAAUGCAGGAAGCGCAAUUAAGGGUUCAGAAGAAAAUACCACCUUUAACGCGCUCUUGAAAAGCUUUCUGGGAGGAAGGAUUUUAUCCAACGUUCUUCUAAGAAAAGAGAAAAGUCCCUAUACAGUUGUUUCCGAUGUCACUAUUCUGCCUGAAGCUUCUCUUUCAAUUGACCCUGGUGUUGAGAUGCAUUUUAAGCCAAGGGUCGGCAUGUUGGUUCUUGGUUCACUCUUUGUGGGCGGAAAUGUAGAUCAACCUGUUAAAUUUUCUCUUUCAAAAAGGACAGAAGAUGACGAUUCUCUUAAAAUUCGAUUAACCGGAGGCAAGUUCCCUUGGGAAGGACGUGUAGAGAUACUGCACAAUUGGAAUUGGACCUCACUGUGUUUCAAUGAGACGCAGGGCACGAAAACUAAUGAAGCAAAACUGAUAUGUGAACACCUGGGCUAUAAAGUACCAUUGUCCAUCAGUCACUCCCAUCACAAUUCGUCCGGUACUCGGGAUGCUUGUGCUGCUCUUCAUUGUAAAGGAAGUGAGUUGGAUUUAGCAGAAUGCUCUUUAUCUUUCCAAAACCAAAGCUGCAAUAUGUCGUAUCAUCUUGUGUUAAACUGUGGCGAAGGAAGGCCUUGGGGAAAUAUCAGAUUUCUUCGCGAAGCUAGGAACACCUCAAACCUGUCAACAUCAAGUUUAAAACACCUAAGAAUUGAGCACUGUGGCGAGAAACAUGGCCAAAACGUGGCUGCCAUUGAAAUGAUUCAGUACGUUCCAAAAGUAAAUCAUGUGACUGUUCUUAACUGCUCAUCAGGUGGUAUCAAGGUUUGGUUCCCAGAAAAAGAGGUGAUUAUAACGAACAGUUCCUUCGUAAAUACUGGAGGAAAUGGAAUUGAUUUUAUCAGUACCAAAAACAAUGUUACACUUAAAAACGUCAAAUCAGUAAAAAACGAGUUUGGUCUGAGUUUUCAUGAAGCAUACGGUGAUUGGAUUGAUAUAUACGGGAAAGUUAAUCUGUGCUCCCCACAAAAAGUGGUGAAUGUCAUGGAUCACGAUGUAUUCGUUUACUUUAGGGCACCAUUCGUGUCUUUCUCAGAUCUAGAGGUAUCCUGCCAAAUAAAGGUUCAAACAGAGGCAAGUGCUGGUUUUGCUAUCCAGCUACUAGUCCUAAAAAAUGCAAGAUAUUUUCGGAUAGAACUGCCUAAUGGACAUGAAAUCUUCAGGUCUUAUGGUAGCAGCCCAGGUCUACUCUUAAAAAGAAAAUUGAUCAAGUGGGAUUCUUUUACAGUCACAUUUGAUGGAUCGUACAGUAGCAAAAUGCUUUUUCACGUUCGACGUGUUGAUAGCAAAGGUUAGUAGCUGGAACUUUUCAUCAUCAUCACCAUUAUUAUUAUUAUUAUUAUUAUUAUUAUAAUCAUUAUAAUUAUUAUUAUCAUUAUCACAACCAUUAUCACUAUCAUUAUCACUCUUAUUAUAAUUACUGUUGUUCUCUUUAUCGUUAUCGUCAGCGUUCGCUAUCGUUAACUUCAGCAUGUAAGUUAUCAUUAUCGUUAUCAAUUAUUGUCGUCAUCCUUAUCAUAGUCAAUGCUUUUUCUUUCUUUUCCUGUACAUAAAGCAAAGGCCGCACAGAGUUUGAAAAAAGGCGAGGGGAGUCCAACUUUGAAUCAGGAAACGUGGAUCUUUUUCGUCUCUUUUUUUCGCUCUAGAGCCAAAAUAAGCUAAGAACUUCAAGACAAGUUAAUUUUAGAUACCUCAAGUUGAGAAAAAUUUGUGAAUUUGCAAGAACUUUGGUGUCGUACAAGUGGUAGGAAAAACCCAAUAGUCUGAAGAGAAUUGGGGCUUAGACUCCCUGGACCCCCGUUCUGGAUUCGCCACGGUAACGUCUGCGCUUUGUUCAACAACUGUUCUGUAACACGUAAGUGUAUUAUGUGAAUGGUAAGAGGGAGCCAAUACGAUAGGAUCUGAUAACAAUUCUGCCAAAUUUUCCUCAGAUAUUCCAUGCUCAUUUGACCGUGGAUUUUGUGGCUGGAGACGUUAUCCCACAUCACAUUUUAAAGGAAUUGACUUGAGAAAGAAGUGGUAUUAUAGAGACAGUGCUUAUGACCACACCUAUGGCAAUGGUGAGUUGUGAUAAGUAAUAUAAGAUUGAAGUUUAAAGAUUUUUAUAAAGGAUAUUCGCAUGAGCUAAUCUCUCAGCUAAGUUUUCAUCUAUCUUAUAACCGGAUAUGAGCUGGCUUAGGUUACGCCUCGAUUGUUCUACAAAGUAGUAAGUUAGGUGGUGGGGCUGGGAUCUCCUUCCGUCGACAAAACGUUUUCCCUCCGGGCGCUUUUGUGGAUAGGGUUCCUCCAGUCAAAAACUUAGAAAUGGAUUCCAGGACUCGACGUUAUCGAGUGAAUUGGAAUUUCUUGAGAACGACUUUUCGUAAACUUCAAAAGAUCGUUAAAGGACAUCAGAACAGCAGCCCAAGUAAUUAAUAAAAUAAAUAUUUUCAGACGACCCAAUGAUAAGAUUAGAAUCGGGAAAAAGAAUGCAAAGUUGUUAAAGAACUCAAACAAAACCUACUGGGAGUACCUCAACGAGCUGGAGUAGUGAUUUGCAAUCGCCAGAGAAUAAAUAUAGAAGGAACAAGGUUAGGGAGUGUACAUUCAGGUAACUUGAAGGCAAUCGAUCAAACAACUAAACGGUAGUAUGACAAAGAGAGAAGGCUGGAAUUGUGCCAAUGUCGGAAAACCGUUGGUCGCCUGAUGACAUUGUUACCGCAGAAAUUCAAAGUACUCCACCCGCACCGUCUCAGCGCAGUCGUGUACGUUGAUAUGUUGAUCUCUCAGCUCUACUUAUCAACUUCUAGUGCUCUCAUAGGAUUGGCUGAGAGGAGCAAUCGUGAAACUGUCUAAAUUUCAAUGUUGUUGAUCAAAAAGAGAAUUUCGUAUAAACUAUGACCAAGGACUUGAACUUUCGAAAAUCUUGUUGAUAUUGUCUCAUCUAGAAGGAGAAUAUUCCUGUGCAAUUUCAGCUGAAGUGAUAAUGAGCGCUUAAACUGUAACAGAAGCACGAGAUUUUUCGGCUCUCCCCAUGUUUUUCUGUAGACAAUUUAAAGUUUUGAAACUAAACCUCAAAGGUGCCAUAUAUUUUCACCGUCUCAAAUUUUAUCAGAUAUUUGAUAGCGAAUCAAAGCCUCUGUCUUUAAGAGUAUCACUGCCUAAGGUACCAUAAGAUUGUUAAAACAGCAACAAAUGCGAACAUCUGUCAAAGACAUAAUCAAAUUUCAUAUUUGAUUUCUAUCUUAAGCAGGGGGAGUACUACGUCUUUUGCGACACUGGUUUUCUGGUUAUGCUGCCUUUACCAGCCCAUCAAUUUCCAGCGACAACAAUUAUUGUUACUUGGUGUUCUACUUCAGGCGGACUGACCCCGAAUCCAAGUCAUUAGCAUCGCUAUCCAUUUUUCUUAUAGAAGACAUUAGUGAUAAUUCAACCUUGCUCUUUUCCAUGAGCGAUUACGUGACUCACUGGAAAAAGAUAGUGAUUGAGCUACCCUACACUGACGCCAGUUACUCGAUUGUGAUAUUGGGAUAUGAAGAGGCGUGGACCCAUAUUGAAAUCGAUGACCUGGCCUUCGUCAGUUGUGAUCCAUGUAAGCUGUGAUAUAUUUCAAAUUGACAAAUACAUUACAGGUGAACUGCACAUUAGCUAAUGAAAUCCUCAGUGUUUCAUGAAAAACAUAGUGAUCAAAGAAAUGACACUGUAACACCUAAAUAAUUGCUUCCUUAAGUUUUAAGGGAACUUUUUAAUCGGUGACCGUUGAUAUGCAUGGCGCUGUGCAAAAGUUUUUAAAAAACAUCCCAGCUUUUGACAAAAAUGGUUCUUUGGUCAGCCAGGUAUUCAGCUAAGGUCGCAUAUACUUGGUGUUGGAGAAACUGGGGAACUUUUUUCUUCCCUUGGGUGAGGAAUUGUUUUCCAUUGGUGAUGUUUACGUUAUAUGGUAAACUUCUAAGUAAAAGAAGGUGAUUCGUUGGUGUCUCCCCUAUAAAUUUAGUCGACAUUUCCAAUUCGUAAACAAACUAAUGCAUUAAGGCUUGAAGAAGAUAAAUACCGAAAAUAAGAUAACCCUCUUUGAAGCUUGUUUGCCUCGAGUUGUACACAGAAAAAGGUAAAUUUCAUUUUCUUAAUAGCUGCUAGUGCUGUACAUCAAGUAACCGGAAGUGUUUUUAGUGGUAACAAGAAACAAGGUAUACAUUACGCGAUGACUCAAAGUGAAAGACAUAUUUUCAAAGUAGAACGUUGUCAGGUAACAAACAAUGGUCUGAAUCCAGUACUUAGAGGAAGCCUACCAGGAGCGAUUCACCUCAAUGCUUUUGAGCAAGUAUUUGAAAUAGUCAAUAACUACAUUGCUGGAAAUAACAAUGGAGGUAUAUAUUCCAAGGUACUCAAUGAAUUGUCCACGACAAGACCACCGGUCAGCCAUAUCCAUGCAAACACCAUAGAGUAUAACAAAGGAGGCAUAUUACACGUAGAGGGAGUUUCUGGGCCCUAUAUGAAUGUUAACGUGAGCAAUAACUAUUUUUCUCGAAACUUGGCACGAGAUUUGGAUGGCAAAGCCGAUAGCGUUUGUGUCAUAACAAAGUUAUGGGCGAUUGUUCAAGGAAAUUUCUUUUAUAGCAACGUCGGUCACUACGUUUUGGUGUAUGAUAAUUCUCAAACAAGUACUGUUGGUCUUCGAUUUGUAAAUAAUACAUUGUACAAGAACGGUGCAAGGGGGUUCGAUGUUAACUACGGAGCGACUAUUCUGUGCAAUGGAACAGCAGAAAUUCAUGGAAACGUUUUUCAGAAUCCUAACAACCGCUAUCAAUUCAGUACCACAAUGAGAGGGAGUCCAAUCACAGUAAACGCCACUUUAAAUUGGUGGGGAGAGAAUGUACCAAAUCUGAUUUCUUCUCUGAUCAUGGAUAAGACAACGGAUUAUCGACUGUCCAUAACAGUUGUGUUCCAGCCGUUCGUCAAGCUACCACCUCAAACAGCUAUAUCAGGUCAAUAUUUAUUGGGAUUUCCAGGUCCAAGUCUAUCUUUCAUGUUGUUUUGAUGUCUAACUUUCUCACCUUAAAAUGAACCUCUUUUAUAUCAAAAUACUGCUCGGCUACUUAAAACAUCAAUGUUCUCUCAAAAACAGUGUUAACUCUUUUCUCAAGUAAAUCGAAAUUAACCGUAUUUUGUUUAAUGUUUUUGGAUUUUUUUCAUUAAUUUAUCAUACCUUAGAAUACAAAACAGCUUAUAAAUUUUCAGCUCAUCCGUUUUUUGUCUUAUCAAUUUUCUUCUUAGUGUCUUGUCCGCCUGAAUGGAUUAAAGACGAUGAGAUGUGUUACAUGUACAAAGGAGGCUCCUUCACUUUCACUGAUACCGAGAAAUAUUGUGGGGUAAGCGCAGUUGAUACUGACACUCUAUUUUAGUCCCUUUUUUUCUUGUAUUUUGGCUUUCUCUGUUCAUUUUUUGUAUUUAUUCCUGUUUCCAUUUGUCCGCUCGAGCUGAGAUGAAAUUAAUUUUGAGGUGAAAUGAAUACACUAGGGGGGAAAGGUAAAUAAGCUUGGGGGCGACAUCACCUAAUGCCAUAUGAGGGCUGCAUUCGGUUCCUCUCUUAGUCCCUCGGUUUCGUCUUCCUCGAACUGAAUUUUGUUCCUUUAUUAGAAAAGUGCCAUAUGCUCACUUAGCAUGUUAUUAAUUUUACGUUCAUUUGUAGAGUUAUGGUGGAAAUCUCGUCACCAUGCUCUCAAACGAAGACACACGACUCAUGAAGCAUCUUCGACAGAAAGAAUCCUUGGUUCAUUCAGGCGUGUUGCCUUCCCUGUGGACCAUAAGUAGACGCUUUCUGAGAGAGGUGAGAAAACAUCAAGUUCGGAAUUAAUUUUCUGUCCCACAAUUAUUUUUCAAAUAAUUUAAUAAUAUCAUGGGCACCAAAUUAUGCUCAUAGCCUCAUAUCAACCCACGUCGACUCUUCUUUACACGAUGAGAAUUGUAUGUAGAUGAACUAAGAACAUCAUCCUUAUAAAAUGGGUUCAAAAACCCGCACAAGGCCUUAGACAUGCAUUGUUGUCGGUGCGAGGUCUUCGUAUUAACAGGUUUUGAAACAAGAAUUGUAAUACUUUAAAACUGUUAUUACCUAAACGCAAAUGAAACUUCUCUGCGCCUAAGACCCUUUCGCAAUUUUGGCACCUUCGAAAAGGUUGGAAUGGCACUUCGUAAUUUCUCAUGAAAAAAAAAAUUUUAGGCUGAAAUUUUCUCAAUAAUAGUGGGAUAAUUUUUCACAGACGUUAGAGAAACAAAAUAACCUACUUCCUCAACUGUUAAGGCUCACUUAAGGCACACUGAUAAGACCUUCCACCAUUUUUUUCUGUCCAUCUCUUUGUCUCAUUUACUCCUUUUGUGUGCCUAUGUUCUUUUUUUUCUUGAAUUUUUUUCACGACUAAAGAAGAUAAAAUGAUAAUAAUAAUGUACAAAGAGAAGUAGUUAUGAAAAGUCGAGACAUUUAUCUUUUCAUCUUUUUUGCUACAGUCCCAAAGUGGAUUUGAUCAGAAAAAUAACCUAUGUCCUGCUGUGGCUGCCACCGGAAAUAUUUCACAAGUUCAUUGUGAUGAACUUCUUCCUUUUGUCUGCGUAAGGAGGCCAGGUAAAUCACACUCAAUAUCAUAACUGAUAAAUGAAUUAUAUCGUUGUAUUAAAUGAUCAUGCUAGAUGAAUAUCGAUACGAAAUCACUGGACCUCAUCACUUGACAAAAAGAAGUAGUAAGCUUGUCAAAAUGCAGCAAUCCCCAAUUGAUAGCUUGACUGUUCAUCUGCAUGUACUAGUGACUCUAAAUUGAAAGACAACCAUUAAACUUUCAUCAUUAUAACUGCGAUGAGCAACAACGCUAGUGUUAUAAUAACUAUAAUUAUGGCGCACUUUGUCGAGAAUUUUGCCUCAUAUAGAGCGCUCCAUCAUCAUUGCCAUUGUUACUAAUAAGACGAGAUAAGCACUUCUGUACAUAACACCACGCCCCGAAGCAUAUUUGAUACGCAAAGUCUAUAACUUGUAUUUCCUCUUGUAGAUUAAAUAAUAGGAUAUCAAUUUAAGUUAAAUAUUUCUACAAAUACUGAAUCAUAGUGAAAACUGAAGGAGGGAAGGUUUUUAUUCAGGGCCCUCCCGUGGCCUGUACUCCGACGGGGGUGACACCAUGUGUAAGGGAUAUGCCUACUUAUGAAGGAAGCAAGAACCAACUGUAUAAACUUCUUUUUGGCUUCAUAGUUAUCCACUGCCCGAACAGCUGUUUCCAUAAUGGGGACUGUAUAGGCGCAACGUGUUUCUGUUAUCCCGGAUGGACUGGAGAAGAUUGUUCCAAGUUUCACUGCUAUGACCUGCAUAACUGUUCUGGUAAAGGUGAAUGCAUGGGUCCCAAUGUGUGCAAAUGUUACCCCGGAUAUUUAGUAAGUGGCAUUUCUAUUCAAUUCCAUCGUAGCUCAUAACUGUGUUGACUGUAGCAAGUUUGAUACCUAGCUGACAGGGCCACUUUUAAAAAACAGGAAUCAGCCUUGGCAAGGUAGAAACUAGAUUUGUGCAACUGGUUCUGUGUGGGCGAUUUAGUGCGCUCUCAGCAAGUGAUCAAGAGUGUUAAACUUUAUUUCUUAGAAAUCAGAUCUCAAGCAUCUUUAUGAUUUAUGUAAUGUUCAUCUUCACCAUCUAAAACUCAUAUGAAAACUUAUCUUAAAGCACAUCUUAAGAUUCCAUAGAAAAUCUUCUCCCGUGUUACACAAUUUGACAAUGGAUAUCAUCACCUUGAAACAACUUUGUUAGGCGGUCGCUUACGGGCAAUCACAAGGCGUGUUUAAAAAAAGCUGAUGCACUGGUUAUCGUGAAAAUCCCCUCUUUUGCUGCCCCCACAGAUCGCCGAGAGAUGGAAGGAGAAGUAAGAUCGUGCUAUAGCCACGCAUUAAUAAGCAAGGUCUAUGAAGCCAGCAUUUCUGGUUGAGCUUCUAACGCUAGGUUAACGUUUGGAAAUUUAGUCGCCAUUUAGGACUCUAGAAGGUCUUUAGUAUCCUAAUCUGAUUAAAACGACACAAGUCACUGUGCUUUCGUAAAUUUACAACCAUUGUGUUUGAGACCCAUCCGUUUUGUCUCUGAUCGCAUGAGAACAGUAGUAAUUAUCCUUUUUAAGCAAGCUAAGAGGAAAGUUUAUGGAUGUUUCUUCAGGGUCUUGGCUGCACUUACUCCUUCUGUGGAAAGUACGAAAGUUGUGCUGAUUGUGUGACAGACCCGUUUUGUGGAUGGUGCGACAGUUCACGCUCCUGCCUCGGAGGUUUUGCCGCGGGGCCUCCAGGAAUAAGUUGUCCCGCUUGGUUUUAUUACCACUGUUAUACAGUAGGAGACGAACGUUGUUCACGAGAUAUAAUGGUAGGUGAAGAGGAGAAAAAUAAUUUGUGAUGCGAACACAUCAACACCAUGCUGCACUCAGGUCGAUAUAAGUAAACAAUGCUAGAGAGACGGAAAGGUGCGGCACUAGCGAGUGUUGCUUAUCAGUUGGUUAGAUAUUUAUUUCUGAGUUUUCUUUUGCUUGUUUGAUUGCUUUUUGUUUUAUGCUGUGCUGUUUUAUUCUUUUUUAUCAUUACUAUCUUAAAUCUAGCGGCCCCUAACUAUCAGAGCACUCUCCGCUUCUAACACAAAGCAAACAAGCAGUAGUUUUACCUGGAUUGCAUACCGGUUUAUGCUCAUAACCCUCUGUGUUAGGUUUUCCUACCAGUUUCCCGUUAUCCAUUUGUACUGCCAUGUACAGAAGGACACCGUGAAAUUGCGUUGCCUAAGAAAACCGUACAAAACGUAUGCGCUGUCAAAGCACCAUAGUCUCUGGGCGCGAUGAUUGGUAGAAUAGCUUAAAAUACUACGUCACUCAAUGUUCCAUAUUUAUCGUCUAACGAUAGGUGUUUCUAAAUGUAUUUUCGUAAACAGAGGGUGAAUUGUAGAGGUAGGCAUUGCAACUUCAAAGGUGGAGGAGCAACCAUUGAAUCCUGUCAAAAAUGCAGCGAUCUCGAAAGAUGUCACAAAAUUACAGUAAGAUUUUUAUCUUUAUUUUCUGUUCCUAAUCGUUGCUUAUUGAAUUUAGUGACAGUUUACGGUGGUCUUCAUGAGAAAAAACUCAGUUGAAAGUAAUAUUACAUAUAUCUAGGUGCAAAUAGCAACUACCAGUAAAGUUGAAGCAAACUCUGUUGAUAGAACCAGUUAAUCUCACUUGCAGUAUCAUUACCAGUAAGUGCGAAAACGCAGCAUGAAACACUUUGAUUGGAAUAAAAACAGAAUACUUGACCUAUGGGAGUAUAUCUGGUUGGAAAUCUCUACAGCUCUACUUCAUACUAUUUCCCAACUGCACGGCGCCGUCCCCAUAGCUAGGAAACUGAUUGUUUCGCGUACCCCAUUGCUCAUAGGUCGAAGGUAGCAUUACUCUGUUAACUAUUAAACCUCCUAACAGGACGAAAACCAAUGCAGGUCAUGGAAUGAGACUAAGUGUCCAGGCGGGAAAAUUAAAGUGGAUUAUACAGAUCCCCAGAGAAGAAAUAAUGUGGAGUUUGCUAAAAACGUGAAGUUUGUGGAGCCGAACGAGACGCUCGUUUACACAUGUCCAGUAAUUUUGCCAAAUCAGGAGAGAGUGUCGCUAGUUUUAGUUGCACCAAAAGUCCUGAAAGUUGAAAAAGGUGAUAUAGUGUGUAGUCCUCAGGCAGGAGGUAUUAUGCACAAGAUUGUCAAAGAAAUCAGCGAUGGUGAGUGUAAUGACUAUAAAUGUUUGUCACAUCCUUUACAAAGUCGUCGAUCAAAUCGAUCAUUUGAAUAUUGGAGAAGUUGUGGUUUUAAAAAAGUUCUACGUUAAUAAUUCUUUUAAGGGGCAUGGGCGGAAUUUUUCAUCAAUUGAGAUCUUACUAAAGUACGACUUGAAUUUAGUAUAAUUAGGAGCUAAGGUAUCUCUAAAACAUACCUAAUUACGUUCAAUUCUCAAAUCUAUCACUGUCUCGAAAGGUCCUUUUCAAUUGAUGUUGAGCACCCCAGCAGGGUUAGAAGAGAUUAUAAAGUACGCGGACUUUAAAGAAGAAGUAACUGCAGUGCAAGUAGACGACGGCUCGACGUUUGAGGAUGAGCCUGAUCAAGGUGACCUGCGGGACGUUAUUACAGGCAACAUUACGCUCGAUGAGGGUCGGGUAAUUGCGCUUUCAAAUGGUAGGUAAACAUUUUUGUAUCAACCGGCUUAACACCUCUUAAAUGACUGAAGAUCAUUUAGUUAUGUCUACAAUUUAAUGCGUUGCAUAACUCCUCAUAAGUGCAUGAAAGACAAACAAGGGAGCAAAUAAGCACAGAUACGAUGAACAGACAAACAGACCUUCAGGACCUGCAAGAUAUUUCUGGUUCCAAAAGCCAUACUCAACUCAAAAAAAUUCAAACAGUUUUCUUAAUUAUCAUUUUAGAGAUAUACAAGUGCCUUGGUCACACAUAUGACACUGGAAACAUCAUUGUCCAUUCGUUUUACCUGGUAAUAGAAAAAAACAAUACCGCCCCAAAGAAAGGUGACAUAGUUGUGUCCAAUACUAGUGAUGGUUUCAUCGAGACUGUUGUUAAAGUUCAUAGAACGAACAACUUUGAUUACUUGGAAACGAAAUUUCAGCGAUGUGAAGCAAGCUCUCAUUGGAAAGGCUCAAGGUAUUUUUAUUAAUGAUGACACCUUAUUUUAAUAUCAGGCGGGCCAAGUUGAGACGAUGGCGUAUUUGCGCCAGUUUGGGGUAGGAGACAUUUGACAAGAAAAAAAUAUCACCUUCUUUCCCCAGAACGCAACGAUUUCCCGUUAACGCAGCCAGAAAGCUGUAGGCUAAUGACCAUAUUGGAAUUGUUGUUCAAGGCUGACAUUUUUGCUUUGGUUUAAAGUGCACGCAUCCAUACUUAUUAAGUCAACAUGUUUGUUGUUAACUGUUCAUGGACUUUUUAGAAAUAUGUAUGACUUUAUGGGGUUAAAAAGCCUUGGCAUGAUUACUGGUUACUCAGUAAUUUACUUAUCGGACAACAAAAAGUGGAUAUCUUGAGCAACAAAAGUCCCAAAUCCAGCUGGCUGCUAAGAAGCACGCGUUCGAAACCACUCCUGCCCACCACAUUUUCUUUACAAAUAGAACUAAAAUCUAUUUUAAAAUAUUGUGCACGAAUUUCGAUCGAGGCUGUGACUAAGCUGUAGGUGUUAGGGAUCCUGCCCUAAAAUCCAAGACCUUGGAUGCCAAGCUCAACUUAUCCUUACGUUUUCGUUCGAGUAAAUUUACUCUUACUUGCUCCCACAAACCAGAAUACAGGAAAGUAAAACAAGGCUUUCUGGGUCAGUAUCCUGCAGCGGAGGGGAUAACAACGAAGGCCUUGUGCUGUCAAAACCAGAGGAUGGAGGUCGGCAGUUUUUUGUCAAUGACUCAAUUAUUGGAAGACCUAGUGGAGCCUUCAUUGCAAAGGUAAUGUCCGUAUUUUGAGGUCCAAGUUAGAUUAAUAAAUAAAAGCACGAGCAUCUUAAAGAAGCAAAAUGAAGGGAUCACUGAAUACUUACCAAGACAGCUAGCGUAGUCGGUUAUGUGGAGUAUCAUUCAGAAACUGCAAAAUUAUAGCAUGUCUCUAAAUAGAGUGACGAGCCAACUCAACAAACUUCAGGAUAUUUAAUUUUAAUAGGAUUGUUAUUGCUGUCCCCACGAGUUAAAUAGUGUUCUCCUCUUGGGGAAAGAAAAAUGUAUCAUAAAAUUCAUGAUUCGAGAUUUUUGGUGCGUUUAUACGAGGUUGUAUUCAUCUGCUUUUGCAUUUGGUAAUCAUCUGAGCUAACUAUACAAUCUUAUAUCACCUCAAACCUCAGGUUGUAGAAGUCUACUCCAGCGGAAAUUUUCUUCUGGUGGAAGUAAUUUCUGCCAAAUUGGACGGAAAUGGAACCAUUACUACAGCUGUAGAUAUAAACAUACUGAAAAGCCACAACAGACGAAGUAGGCGGUCGACGAGAUUCGAUUUCGAAUCGGCAAGUUUCAAACCUGACAGCAUACAUCACAAGGUACAGCACUUUUAAAUAGUUCUACAAAAGUAUUUUAAACAAACCGAGAGUUAGGUAAAUGCUAUGUUAAGUUUGCUCUCUGAUAUCUAUCUAAAUCUUCUCAGUUUCCCCCCCAAAAUUAUGUCCUUUAAAUUUUCAUUUUCCUCAGUUGUUGUCAACGGAGAGCGCCAAGCUACAAGUCUCUUUGGAAAUGUUUUUCGAACUGACUAUGUUUCUUGAGAUAGAACCGAAGUGGUUUGGCGGAAUAGAGGAUGCGGCUGUUGGCCUGGAGUUAAAGGGAGAAUUAGAUUUCUCUUUGACCUUUAAUGUUGAUGGGGAGUUGAGGUAAGCAAUUUUAAUUUAAGCCCAAGAUCACCCCGAAUAAUUCUUUCGGCAAAAGAAAAGAAAAUGAAAUCUGAGAAACUGACGUUGCUGUGGUGGACAGUUUUUUGUUCUUUUCUGCGAUGAAGCCAAUAUAUUUUUUUAACAUUGAUUCUUGUGUCAUUUUGAGGUACAAUAUGGUCAGCUUACGAGCAAAAGACGACUUAGCUGAUCGGGAUUAAUUAAUCAUCCUUUUUAUGUUUGUCUACAGACAUGAAAAAGGCCUAAACAUCAUGAAAGGAAAACAGCUCGGUCGUUCAAUUUACGUUCCCGUUGGACCAAUUAAAAUCCCUGCCGGUAUCUUCUUGGAAAUAACAGGAUAUGCAUCUGCUGGAUUAUCUGUAAGUUGGCGAUGCAAUUCACUAACGUUUUAGUUUAACCACUGGCCUUGAAAACAUCAGAACUCUCUCAUUUAAUGUCUAUUAUUUAAAAUGAUUGUACGUUAUCAUGAAACACUUCAAUGAGUUAACACAAGCAAAUGUAUUUCCUCUAUUGCCUACUCAGUCGCAGUCGGUGACCCAGUCAGCAAGCUACUCAGUCAAUCAGCUAUUCAGUUUUACUAUUUUUUGGUUGGUUGGUGCGAAAUCAAUGAUGGGAUGUCAUGAUUGCGUCCUACCUGUUUUAGUUGUCUCGAUGAGAUCAUAGAGAACCAAAACACGAACGUGACCCAGCAAGACAACAAAGAUUCAAUAAGUAUAGUACCGUGGCCAAGAAGUUCGCAGCGGCAAUUUAUGCUUUCGAGUAGUUAAGGAAAAUAUCGUCCAUUUACAAAGAGAUUGAAUUAACUCACUGUCUUUUUUUUCCCUAGGGAAAAAUUUCCCGUGCAUUAUCAGUCAAUGGAAGGGUCUCUCUUGGAGGCGAAUGCCGUUGGAGCCGUGGUAGUUGCUACAAAACUGCUGAUACUGUAAGGGAAGAAAAAUUGCACAGUAAUGUUUCAGUUUCUUCAUCAUUCAAGUGUUAGAUGUACUCUAUAAACUUUUUGCGGUUGGACUGGUCCCUACCUGUUGACAAAAUGGCGGCUUGUACCUCUUGCUCUGUGUCAAGGAUUGCAACACUGCUAAUUUUUCACAAAGCUGUUCCAAAUCAACAGAUUUCUGAGCUCUUCCGUGAUUAGCACCGUUAUACGUUUGUGGGUUCUCCGUGAUUAGCGCUGUUAUACGUUCGUGGGUUUUCCAUGAUUAGCACCGUUAUACGUUCGUGGGUUUUCCGUGAUUAGCACCGUUAUACGUUUGUGGGUUUUUAAUUUAUCACGACCUCAAUCAAGUCAAAACUUAUUUGGAUGAUGUCUUUAAACAUUCGUCUUCUUAAAAUUAUUCUUAUCAAUUAUCCUAUUGCUAAGAAGAUGAAGGCCAACGUUCUCGCUUUGCAUUUAGGAUAGAAAAAAAAAUUGAACGCCUCGUCACUGUUACGCGGCAACUGAGCGCCAACAAGCCUGUGCAACCACGACUCGAUCUCCUCUUCAUCAGUAUCAGCUACCUCGUUCUCGUCUCCUCCUUCCUCUCUUCUUAUAUUUUUUUCCUUUUUUUCUCCAUUUGAGACCAAAUUUUAUCCUUUUUUGACAUAUCACUAAUAUAGGUUACUCUUCGCAAAGACUGGAGCAGCCCAGAUCCGCAAUUGGAAGCUGGAGCAUUCGUCGAGAUUACAGUGAUACCCAAAAUCUCAGUGAAACUGCCAGCGUCUCCAAAAUCGCGAUCAAAAUCAACCAAGUCAUCCUUUUUUAGUUUUUUCGACGAUUUAGGUGAGAUCAAUCAAACAAUUCUUUCGUGCGGCCUACUUCUAUCCAAAUUUAACCAAAGUUCCUGAUUUAUUAGUUUAGGUAAAGUUUACAUCAGGUAAGGUGCAGAUAAGCGAUAGUUGCAUUCGAAUUUUUGUUUUGCUUAUUGGACGCAAAACGCUCUCGCCUUACAUCAACUCAAUCAAUUUUUUUCUUGAGAAUAAUCGGCUCUCCAACUCUUUAGACCAAUCACAAGGCGAACUAAAGCAAAAUCGAUGCAAUUUCGGAAUACCUUUGAUUCCUAUUUGAACAUUGCUCUAUUUUCAUUACUAUGGUUACCUCGACCAUACGUUCUAGUCUUAUAAUGGGGUUUUAUCAUAACCAUUGCAAAUUCCUCAAAUGUUAUUGGUGCAUUUGCAGCCUCAUUUUUCACUAAUCAUUCUGUACAAUUGUAAUUGUAUAGUGCAAUCGUAUAAUUGGCUGUAAUCGGACACCCGUAAUCGGACAUUUAAGGCAGCGAAUCAUACAAGGUCCGCUCAGCUAAAUCCACCAAUCACAGAAUUGAUCGCAAUAAGCAAAGCAACAGCAACUUAUCCAAAAAAAAGGCUGGGAAAUUUCCAAAAUGGAAGAAUUUUUAACUAAAGACAUUAUCUCCUCUAGAGAGAUUUGCUCUGGGUGUAUUUGUUGUUUUCGGAAAUUUAAAUGGUUAUGAUUAAUUGGUAACAGGACUCCUUGUCAUCCAACCUGUGAUUAACAAAUUGGACUCCCGCUUCGCGGUCGUCCGAUUUUGUUUAUCAAUGGUAUGAUUACAGACCGAAUUGGACUCCAUUCGGUUCUAUUGUCAUUAUUAAUAAAGAUAAUUUUGUUUCAGUUGAGGCUGGUUUUGAGUAUGUGGACCUUUCCAUGGCGGUAUUUGUGAGCGUACCACUAGAAGCUGGUCUGGCCAUACGGCUUCUUACGUCUCAAUGCAGUGGGAACAAACCCGCUGAAUUGGAAAGCUUCUACGGAAUUUCCGGUGUAAAUCUCGGUGUCUCGGUUGGAUUUCUUAAAAAACAUUUGACACUUGAACUUCCUUUGGGAUAUUCUCAGAGUAAACGCUAUUGGUAAAAAAAUUCACGUUUUAUAGAAACAACUUGACUCCUGACAUAUAGAAUAGUGACGCGAAGAAGUAACUGUCAUACACUCACUUUUGUUAAUGAAACUAACUACCUAAAAUGCACGAGCAAAAGGAGGCUAUAAAUGAGAAAAAUGAUAUCCCAUACCCUUGCAAAUAAAAUGAAAAUGCUAAUGAACAAAGUAAGAUCUUCCCUAACUAAUGGAGGUAAAAGAAACAUAUAUUCUAAAGAGAAAAUCACUUCCCUCGUUCUUUUCGCAUAAUGAAAGACAUGAAAACGUGUUUCGAAAAUAGAAACAACAAUAAUGAUAAAGUGAAUUAAGAAAAUUCUGUGUUACUUCUCAGCUUUAGGAAAGAAACCUAGACCCCUUGUUCUGCUCGUAAGUAAGAGAGCGCAAGAACAUAAAUGGGUAGAUAAGUGAGUAGAUAAGAAAACGGACCUUGUAAAGAUAAGUGAAUGGCGGACAUGACUUCCGUUUUUAUUAAACUAUUUAAUCAAUAUUUUACUGUUCUUUCCUAGGGAUUGUAUAUGUCCAGUCAAAAGUGAGAGAGUAAGUUAUUAUAACUAUAACUUAUAUGAGUUUGCCAUCUUUUAAAAUUUUACUUUUCAAUUCUAUUCCGCCUGCCUUUUUUUCCUUUGUAGUAAGCGUCCUUCGUGUAACGUUAUUUUAUUAGUUUUAAAUAUAAUUUGCAUCUUCUUUGUAACAGUUAUGUGUGGGACCUCCACCACCGCGACCGAGACCACCCGAGAAUGAAAAUCCAAAACCUGGGAAUGGCAAUCCAAAUCCUGGGAAUGGCAAUCCAGCACCUGGGAAUGGAAAUCCAACACCUGAGAAUAAAAGUCCAGCACCUGGGAAUGGCAAUCAACCAUCGAAAAAUGGGUAAGAGUGCUGAUUAUUCUUUCACAUAACGCGUUAUAGCCCGUAGGAAGCCUGAGGCUUCAAGCGUGUAAAUAACUUUCUGUUCCCAAAUACUGCUGUUUGCUUGGUCUUAAAGUGAUUUUUAGCCUCAUAAAGAAAAAAUGUGCUGAAAUGAUCACGUCACUUCAAAAGAGAUUGGUUGAAGCUUUGCUAGAGAUAUAAUUAGUUGGAAGAAUAUUGCAGCAAUAAUACGACUGACUGGCCAACUGGCCGACCAGCCAUUUGGCCGACAGGCUGAAGAAAUGACGGAUUAAUUAACUGAUUGAUUGACUGAUCAACUAGCUGGCUAACUGAAUAACAGGGCCGGCAGCUGAUUGACUUACUGACCGAUUGACCGACUGGCCAACGGAUGAAUUCAUGGAUUCAUUAUUCAUUUACUUUCUCGGAAACAGAAAGACUGGAAAAUAUCCAUGUGGAAAAGGACCUUCCUGUUCUGAGGAACGAACAGGCCGUGACUGCGAUCAGCCACAUAGAGGGCUUCUUCGGAGUAUGUAACAGUAAAUGGACCUGCAAACUAUGAACCUAAUUGCAGUAACGUUAUUAUGGAAAAAGCGAAAAGAAACAAAGAAAAACCAAAUUCAAAUCCAUUGGCAUAUAGCGUAAGCAUAUGUCAUCAGCAUUACAAUUUGAUUAUUGACAAUAAUUACUCAGCAGGGCCCAGUUGUUUCGAGGGGCGAUUAGCGCUGAUUCAGGCUUAAAUUUCAAUCCAGGUUUCUUUAUUUCUUUUUUCAAAAGCCUGUAAGGAAAAUUUUCCCAUUCUUCUCAGAACAUCCAAUAAUCAAAUUGCAAGCAAAAAGAUUUGAACUGAAUUUCCUUUUAAAGAAUAGCUGCCUUGCGUUUUGUCAAUGUUUUCGAGAAGGUGAUAAGCGCGAUGAAAGAAAAUUAAAUUGCGAAGAGCACAAAACAUGCUACUGAGUUUGGCGGAAGAAUUUUUUAAAGAAGGAUAUAUAUCUCUUUUUUUUGGAAUCACUUGAAAUUUCUAUAACAACUGCAUCUCAAAUUCUCAAGAAGUUGGAAGAGCUUCUAAGUUGAAAUUUUGAGAAAAUUGUUCAGCUGACGUGCAAACAGCUGCAGGGUAUUUCUGUAUGCUAGCUGAUUCCUUUUCGGCUUUUUUCUUUUCCGUUUUUGCUUUUUCUUUAUAAUCUUAUUGCAAAUAGAUAUGUGUUAGAUAAGUUUGAAUUCAUGAAGCUGACAUUGUGUCUAAUAUUGCUAUUAGUGCUAUGAAGAUAAUCGGUGGUGGUGAAGAUAGUCAUGAAAUCAAGAGCCGCAUUUGUUCUAGCUCUAUAAAUCAAAGUUCAAUUUGAUAAUUCCACGAGUAAAGACUUUGGUACCAGGUUGCUUUAUCUGCAUCCAAACACUUCUUUCAAUAGUUUAAAAUAUGAUAAGCGCGGAUAUUUUGCGAGGUGCGAAUUUUUUUUACCGAACCCGUAAGAGCGGAGAAAAACAGGAACAAAGCAAUUUCUCAAACUUUUUCCAGUUUUAUAACCCUACAAUAGGGGAUUUCUUAUUCCACCUUUAUCUCAUUUUCUGGCAUUCAAACAUUUUGUCUACAAAAUACUUCUUACGGCCUUUCUGGGCGUCUUAUCGAUCGCAUAAGGUGUGCGCUAAAGACAAAAACAACACAAGCGAAACUACUAAAGUGUUCUUUCUGAUCAAUGCAACAAAAAAAUCUGGUACACUUACAAGUUCCUUUCUCAAAAAGUUGAGCCUAAAAGCCGAAAGAAGCAAACUUUCGAUCGUUCAGCGCGGCCAUUUUGUUGCUUCACGUUCCGUCCGUAUUUUUACCCUAUUCUGCAGUGUAAUACUGUGGCAUAUUUUGUGCGUUCCUUUUCCCUAAUUAUGAUAAUAUGACGAAAUAGUGAAAUAACAAACGUAUUUAUGAAUAUUUUAGUACUCUCGAAAUAUGUCACUGCAAUGAUUUUCUUCUAUCAAUCUCAUGAUAAUUCCCUUUACAGACUGUUCAGGUAACGGAGAUCCUACCAUAGCCCCAAAUUGUGGAGCGGAGUGUAACUGUUCAGGAGGAUGGGAGGGAGAAUUUUGUGAGCGCUUAAUUGCAAAUGGUGGAGGUGACCCACAUCUGGAAACAUUAGAUGGUAAGUAGACAAGAAAAACAGAUUCUACAUUCACUAAUUUACGAGCGAGAGAUAAAGAAAAAUUUAAAAACCCUGAAAGAGGUCCAACAAUUUGCUCAUGAAACUAUUCAGUUAAACGAUCGAUUUAAAACAAUCCUUUUAAUUUUCGUUUGUAAAUGAGAGCUUUAUUUCAGGAUUUGUGUAAUGUUUAUGAUGGCGGUUUUGAUUUUUGCCUUCUUCGCCAGGUGUCAAUUUUGACUUUUUCGGAAUUGGAGAGUUCUGG